AUGUCGAACAUAUCGACCAUGGCAUCUCCGUUAUCCGAGCACGAGCACGAGCACGCAAUGGUCCAAGGGCCACCUCUCGAGAAGCGGGCGGUGCCGCCUCCACCGACCGACGCGACGUUCAAAAACACGGUCCUGGCCCGGGUCAAUGCCUAUCGGGCCUUGCACUCUGCGCCGGCCGUGACGUGGGACAAUGCGCUUGCGCAGGCGGCCAAGACGGCGGCGACGAGCACCGUGCCCAAUUUCACGCUGUGGCUGAAAAAGGGUCUGGACUGGUGGUACGGCGAGGUGCGCGACUACUACUCGUGGGCGGCGGACCACUCGGGCCAGUACCACUUCACGCAGCUGGUGUGGAAGGCCACGACGAAGAUCGGGUGCUCGUGGUCGGCGAACCAGUGUGCCACGGCCCACGGCGAUUAUUACCUGGUGUGUGAGUUUCAGCCCAAGGGGAACAUUGCGGGACAGUUUGGGGGUAAUGUCUUGGAUGCGUGA